AUGUGGUUCGCCAUUGCAUUUGGAGUACUGCCCUUCCGGUAUAAUACAAAAUUGCAACAAAUUACACCAUCGAAAUAUUAUUUGAUCUACAGCGUUUUUAUUAACGCACUCAUAGUGAUUGCUUCCGUAUGUGCUUGGCCCUGGAAAGAAUUUCUAGAUUUGGAUCUGCUAAGUAACUACAAACUUAUAGAAAUACUCACCAGAGUUACAGUAGUGCUAAAUAUUUAUACGCUCACCAUUGUCUUUCGUAUUAAAUUUCGCGCAUACAAAUCCGUGCUGGACAUUUUCAAUGAGUUUGCCACCAUCGAACGCGUCUACUACGCCAAUUAUGCCGCUAUAGCACGAAAAUGUACCACUUACGACAAUUAUAUUAUAUUGAAGGGUCUGGCAACAUUUUUGCAAAAUAUCUCCUUCAUCUUUAUACUAUUUAUUACUCCAAUUGAGUCAAAUGUAAAUGCAGUGGUGGUGCUAAUCUUUACUAUAAUAUUGGGCAAUAUAAUUUUUCUUGUGGUGCUACUCUUUUACAAUUGUGUCAUAACCACUUACCGUUAUAUUUGGAUACUGCAACGAAGAUUGCAAAAUAUUGCAGAUUAUGGCGCCAAGAGCAGGCACAGCAGUGUUGUAACGCGUGAAAUAUAUGAAAUUACAGCUGCGUAUAUGCGUUUGUUGAAGGUCUGUAAAGGAUUCGGAGGAGUCUACGGCCACCAGUUGCUGAUCAGCAUUGGCGCUAUUAUGUGUGCUAAUAUACAGACCCUCUACUAUUUUCGCAUACUUUGGAACGAAAAAGUUACAGAGUUAGCUUUGCUAGAUAUUUUCUAUAUCUUUCAGGCGGUUGCAAUAAAUAUUUUUGAUUUUUGGCUCAACUUUACUGUUUGCGAAUUGGCGUUGGGCGUUGCACGAGACAUGGCGCAGUCGCUGAGGAGUUUCACUAACUUGGCGCAAUUGGAUGUGGAGCUCGAAAGAAGUUUGGAGGUUCUAGCUACCGUAUGCCGAAAUAAUGUGCCGGAAUUCCGCUUGUGCGGUUUGAUCGACUUGAAUCACUUGAACGGCCUAAAAACUUUGCAGACAAUGGUUUUGUAUUUAAUUUACUUAGUGCAGUUUAGCUAUAAAGACUUUUGA